AUGAAUAGUAAUAAUGAUGAUGAAUGUACUGAUAUUUAUUAUGAUGAUUAAAUUGAAGAAGAAGAUGAUUACUCUAUUUCAGAUUAAUUUGUAUAAAAUGCUCUUUCUUAAUAAAAUUCGUAAAAUGUAAAAAAAUACAAUAUAAUUUUUAUUACAAAUAUAUAAUAAAUUUAUAUAUAAUAAAAGCAUUCAUUAGUUUGGAAAACAACAAAUGACAUAUACGAUAUAAUAGAGAAUAAAGUAAAACAAGAACUGGAAAUUUUAAAUCUAAGUUUUGAUGAAGUUUUACUCAUAUAUAAUUAUUAUUAAUGGAAAAAAGAUGCUUUGUAAUCUUAAUAUUUCGAAAAUGAAGAUAAAGCACGUUUCUAAUCUGGACUUUAGCAUUCAAAUUUAACCAAAUACAAUUAGCCAUUUAAAAAUACCUUCGUAUGUCCUGUAUGUUUAGAUAAAACAGAUUAAUCUGAUUUUCUUAUAUGUAAUUAGAGUAUAUGUAAAAAUUGUUGGUAUUUAUAUAUAAAAGAAAAGACAUAAAGUGAAUAAGGCUAGGUUUUUUUUAAAUGUCCUUUUGAAAAUUGUUCGCUUAAAGUGCCACAUUCGUUUAUAUUAAAAUAUUUAAAGAAUGAAAAUGAAAUAAAGCAAUAUAAAAAAAAUAUUGGAAAAAUUUAUUGCAUGCAAAGUACAACUAUGAAAUGCUGUCCAUAUCCUGAUUGUUAAUAUGCAGUUGAAAAUGCUUAUUUUACUUAAUAAUAUGUCAAAUGUAUUUGCGGUAAUGUCUUUUGCUUUAAAUGUGGAAAAGAUAAUCAUGCGCCAAAUACAUGUUAUAUGGCUUAAGAAUGGGAAAAAAAACAUUCUUCAGAAAGCGAAAACCUUAAAUGGAUUUAAUUAUACACUAAAUUAUGCCCAAAAUGUCGAAAACCUAUAGAAAAAAUUAAGGGUGUAAUCAUAUGA